CUCGCAGCACAUAUCGAUCGGAGAUCAGCCCGUUAAUGAGCGCGUGGGAGUGUCGUUUCCGCACGUGCAAACAAUUAAAACUGGCUGGUAACAGGAGCGGAGGCUCGGCUCGUCUUUCCCUGCAGCUGGACGACGCGCUAAAAAGAUGCUGCCGGACGCCUUCGGGUGCGCUGUGGCCAACAGGUUCGGGGAUCUUCUCGACGACGACGACGCUGAUCCUUUCGACCUGAUCAGCGAGGCGGAGAAGAAGAAAAAGAAGAAGGGAGAAGAGGACAAGAAGAACAAACAGAAAAAGCCCGGACAGAGAGAAUCCCAGCGGGAGAGACGCGUCCCAGUCGCUUUAGAGGGCCAAGAGCCGGUUCCAGCACAUAAACAGCCAGCAUGUCCUGCAGUGACGGAGAGCAGAAAUGGCAGAUUUGAGGCUCACAGGAACACGAAGAAAGCUGCAGCUGUGCAACAUAAAGCCAACCAAGAACCUCUGGAGUUCUCCGUCCCCAAAUCCUCCUAUGAUGACUUUGACUUCAGCAGCACAGCGGGCAGCAGAGGUAGGAGGGGAACAAGAGGGUACGCAAGGAACUCUGAUAACUUUACUAUGAGAGGCAAGAGAGAAUUUGAUCGGCAUGAUGGAACGGGUAUGGCUACAGAGGAAAAGAGAGGAGGCAGAGGGCCCUGGAACUGGGGCAGCGUUGAGGAAGCUGCAAGUGAAUUGAUGGAAGUGACAUCCGAAGCUGCUGUGAGGCCAGAGGACCCCCCCACUCCCUCAGAGGAAAAUCCAAAUCCAACUGAUGAAGACAAUGAGGUGGUGGUCCAGGUUGCCAUGGAAAUGACCCUGGAUGAAUGGAAGGCCAUGCAGGAGACAAGUCGUCCCAAAGCGGAAUUUAAUAUCCGCAAAGCAGAGGACAAGAUUCCCUCCAAAGCAAAGGUCAUCCACCAGUCCAAGCACCUGGAGAACCCAAAGGAAGCCGUAGAGGAGAUGGAGGAUGAUGGCAACUUCUUCCGAAAGUCUGUGAAUGACAUCACCACCCUUCUGGAUAUCAAUUUUGGGAAUCUUGCUCGUCCUAGUCGUGGUGGCAGAGGACGGGGAGCUCGAGGUGGCCAAAAUGUUUUCCCCGAGAGGGCCAGACCCAGACUUCAGCAGGGAGAUCCAGCACCUGAUCCUGAUGACCCAGAAGACUUUCCUGCUCUGUCAGCAGGAAAAUAACUGAAUUCAUCUACUAAAUGGUUGAAAUUUCUGUUUGUACUUGAUGCACUGUUGAAUAAAAGCUUUAGCAAGGUUA